UGCGAUUCCUCGACGAGCCUGCCAACUGCCUAACCAUUUCAUCCUGUCACUUCACCCCGUGCUUUGCCUCGAGCAGCGAACCACCAUGGCCCUACUGAAAUCCAGCAAGAUCUUCUCCAGUAUCGGGACUUUCUCCCCUUCGUUGGGGGUGUUCCCCAUUCGAGCAAGCUCAUGGUGGUCGGAGGUGCAGAUGGGGCCCCCCGACCCCAUCCUGGGGGUGACGGAGGCCUUCAAGCGCGACAGCAACCCCAAGAAGAUGAACCUGGGCGUGGGCGCGUACCGUGACGACCAGGGCAAGCCCUACGUCCUGAGCUGCGUGCGCAAGGCAGAGGCCCUGAUCGCCUCCAAGAAGCUGGACAAGGAGUACCUGCCGAUCGGAGGCCUGGGGGAAUUCACCAAGGCCUGCGCGGAGCUGGCCCUGGGUGCUGACAGCGAGGUCCUGAAGAGCGGCAGGAGUGUUACCGUCCAGAGCAUUUCUGGCACCGGGUCACUGAGAAUCGGCGCCGACUUCCUGUCCCGCUUCCACACGGCUGUUCGGGACGUGUACCUGCCCAAACCCUCCUGGGGAAACCACACCCCCAUCUUCAGGGAUGCGGGCAUGCAGCUCAAGGCCUACACCUACUAUGACCCCAGCACCUGCGGGUUCAACUCCAAGGGAGCCCUGGAUGAUAUCUCGAAAAUCCCGGACAAGAGCGUCCUGUUGCUGCACGCCUGUGCCCACAACCCCACGGGGGUGGACCCGCGACCGGAGCAGUGGAAGGAGAUCGCCGCCCUAGCGAAGAAAAAGAACCUGCUGGUGUUCUUCGACAUGGCGUACCAGGGCUUCGCCAGCGGGGACAUCGACCGCGACGCCUGGGCCGUGCGCCACUUCAUCGCGGAGGGCCACAACAUCGUGCUGUCCCAGUCCUUCGCCAAGAACAUGGGCCUGUACGGCGAGCGUGUGGGCGGGUUCACGGUGGUGUGUAACGACGCGGAGGAGGCCAAACGCGUGGAGUCCCAGCUGAAGAUCCUCAUCCGCCCCAUGUACUCCAACCCACCCAUGAACGGGGCCCGCAUCGCCGCCACCAUCCUCAACACCCCCGAGCUGCGCAGCGAGUGGUUGGAGGAGGUCCACAGCAUGGCCAAUCGCAUCAUCAAGAUGAGGGAGCAGCUGGUGGCCAACCUGAAGAAGGAGGGCUCCACCCUCAACUGGCAGCACGUCAUCGACCAGAUCGGCAUGUUCUGCUUCACCGGCCUCAAGCCAGAGCAGGUGGAGCGCCUGACGAAGGAGUUCUCGGUCUACAUGACGAAAGACGGGCGCAUCUCCAUGGCGGGCGUCACCUCGGGCAACGUGGCCUACCUGGCGCACGGGAUCCACGCGGUCACCAAGUGAAGCGGGUGCCCGCGGCGCCCGGCAGCCGCCCACAACACCGGGGGCAUCCGACGAAAAAUCUCAUUACUGGUGGUGGGGGGGGGGGGGUGGGGGGGGGGAACGGCUUUUCCAUAAUUAUUAUUACUUUUCUGUGUCUGUCCCAGACACUUGCAUAGAAGGAGGAGAAAAAAAAAAAGCUCAAGUUUUAGGAAUCUGCAUCAUGGCUUGAGUUCAUAAUGUAUUAAUGUGAGUUCACUUUGUGUGUCCCCUGUGAUCAGGGUGUUAACAGUCCGUCUGUUCCUCAGACCUGUACAAUACCACCCGCUCCCCCCCCCACUCCCAUCUGAAAAGGUUAAAGGUCAUUGGCCAGGGCCCAGAAGGGCCAAUGGGGUUUGGGUGCACAGCAGAGACUUGAGCACAAAUUCAACCAAUCAUUGUCUUAAUUGGGCAAAUUUAGCCCCUCCUCCUUGUUCUGAGGAUGUUUGUUGCUAGGAAACCUGGAUUCUGCCCCCCCCCCCCCCCCAAGGUGCAGGCCUGAGUAGAUCUAUAACAGUGCUUGCAUUCUUCUGGAUUUAUUCAGAUAAGAGAGCAGCACACACUUAUGGUUUUUUGACUUAUGCUGGAUAGGAUAAAUAUGACCGCUUCAGUUGACCCCACCUACCCCAAAUCCCAAAACCUUUUUGAACUUUUCAGAUGGGAGUUUAUCCUGUUCACAAAGCACUGAUGUGUUUGCAUUUUUUUUUCUUUUUUUCAAAAACAAAAACCCUUGGUUUUAACAAGGAAUAUUUUCUUGACCAUGUGGUUACUUGGGAGGAAGCUUGCUAUUUUAACUGAAUCCAAAAAUAUAUAUAUUUAAAAUGUCCUAAUUUAAAAACGUGCUGCCCCCUCCUGAAAAGUGUUUUUCAGUGUUUUGUCUGUAGUAUAACAUGCAUCUGUGCUGUUUCACAAGUCCCUCGAUCAAAAAAACAAAAACAAAAAAAAAGGCGGAUCAUGCUGCAGUAAUGGAACCAUAGCACCUAUUCAGUUGAGGUCGGCCGUGUUGCUUCUGCGAUGCACCGAUACCAGGAACGGCUCCAACUACGAGUGUGUCCCUGUGUGCUCUGAGGUAUCGUUAAGGAAUAACGGCCCCCCGUUCUUAAAGAUUUGCACUUGUGACUUUAAAACGAGCUGGGGCGACAUCGAACGGAAACCUGAAAAUGGCCGCCGGGUACUCUCCUGGAGGAGAUACGGCUAUCUCCUUUACAGCUGGCUUCAGGUUUCUGUUUGGAUUACUCCACCCGUCUACUCUGUAGAUAAUAAUCUGAGCCCUCUUUUUCCUCACACGUGUGUCGAGCGCUCACGCCCGCUCUGAAUAUCUAACAUGCUUGAUGUGGCAUCAUUCUGUGCUUAUCGUGCACUUCGGAAAGAGCUGGCAGCGUUAAUACGUCAAAUCAGUCAAUAUUUGCGUGAGAGCUUUAUCCCAGGAUUGACCAAUCAGUUCUGUUUAAUCACAGAUUUGACCUUUGCCCCCUCUCCACACCUCCCCCCCAUUAACCACCUGGUUGUCUGACUGACUUAAGAUGGAGGCUGAACUAAAACUAAAACUAGUAUUUUUAUCUUAACGUAUGCUGGCUUUUUCUUGGUCUGUCAUUCAUUUUUGGUCUCCUCUGACCACAGAGGGUGCAAAUGCAACCGCAAAAACGCAGUCAUUUAUUUCAAAAAAAAGUAACUGGUUUUUAUUUCAAAGUAGUCACUCACUCACUAGCUCACUCACCCUCAAGGUCAGGCUGGAGUCAACGCACCACAUUUCAGCAUCGAAUGUACAAGAAAAAUGGCAGUUAUCUGUGUCUCAGCGGCGUCCACAACCGCCUGCACUCAUUCUGAAAAUAAAGUGAGCUCUGUA